AUGUCUGAAGCAACACUUUUUAACAAAACAAUUAAAACCGAACCGAUCGAUGAUUAUCCUCAAGUGAAACAGGAAUUUGAUGAUUGUGAAAAUACAUCAGAUUUGUAUAUGGAUGAUGAUAUAUGUCGGCAGCAAUUUUUAAAAUCUGAGGUUACAAUUGACGAGGAAAUAAAACAAGAGACGAUUGAUGACCAAGAUCAUGUGACUAGUGUUUCAGAUAAAAAUUCUUAUAUGUGUGAUGAAAAGAUCAGUGAAUCAAGUAAUUUUGUGGAGAGCACAAACAAAUCAUUUGAAGAAGUUUCAGGAAAAAGUGAAACAACUAAUAACUUGAAACCGUAUAAAUGUGAAUCAUGCAAUAAAACAUUCACAACAAAACAAAGCUUACAACAACAUGAAAUGAUUCACACUGGGGAACGUCCUCAUGAGUGCAAAAUAUGCAAUAAAAGAUUUUUAUGGUUAAGUAAUUUAAGAAAACAUUUAUCAAUUGAGGAUGUUCAAGGCUUAAAAGUGUUUGUGCAUAAUGAAGUUUUACUUGGAAUUACAGAUGUGGAUCUAGGAAGACUUCAAGUGAACAAAGCCCACGAGUUGUACCUUGUUGAUAAGAAGCAUUGUCUAGUUUUAAAGAGCUUCUCAGGUCGUACUGUUUGUACUACAGUAUUGUAA